AAGCUUGUUGAUGCCCAAUCAUGUGAUUUAGAUGUAAUGGCUUCAGUAGGUCAUGUGAUUUCUCUGUAUCUGGGGCGGAGUCAUUCUGUGAUCCAGGAUAACAUGGGGACUGCGCUGGAUAUCAAAAUUAAACGUGCGAAUAAAGUCUACAGGGAGGUGGAAAUGUUAUCUGGCGUAGUAGUUGUAAUGAGCAAGGAUACAGUUCAGCACCAAGGGAUCAUGUUGACAAUGGAGGGUUCUGUUAAUUUGCAACUUAGUGCCAAAAGUGUGGGAGUAUUUGAAGCUUUCUAUAACUCUGUGAAGCCUAUUCAGAUUAUUAGCAGCACUAUUGAAAUGGUGAAACCUGGAAAACUGCCAAGUGGGAAAACAGAAAUUCCCUUUGAAUUUCCUCUGUUGAUGAAAGGCAAUAAAGUCUUGUAUGAAACCUACCAUGGAGUGUUUGUGAACAUUCAGUACACACUUCGUUGUGAUAUGAAGCGUUCUCUUCUGGCAAAAGACUUAACUAAGACAUGCGAGUUCAUCAUUCACUCAUUACCUCAGAAAGCAAAGCAGACACCAAGCCCUGUAGACUUCACAAUUACUCCAGAAACUCUACAGAAUGUGAAAGAAAGAGCUUCUCUACCCAAGUUUCUCAUCAGAGGGCAUCUUGAUUCUACAAACUGCGUUAUUACACAACCUCUAAUAGGGGAAUUAAUAGUGGAAACUUCAGAAGUCGCCAUCAAAAGCAUUGAGCUCCAGUUAGUAAGAGUGGAAACUUGUGGUUGUGCAGAGGGUUAUGCUAGAGAUGCUACAGAGAUACAGAAUAUCCAAAUAGCAGAAGGAGAUGUUUGCAGAGGACUCCCCAUUCCUAUAUAUAUGGUUUUUCCCAGAUUGUUUACCUGCCCUACACUGGAAACUACUAAUUUCAAAAUAGAAUUUGAAGUAAAUGUCGUCGUAGUCCUGCACGAUGAUCAUCUCAUUACAGAAAAUUUCCCACUUAAGUUAUAUCGAAUGUAAAACCUCAAAGAAAAAAUAAGCUAAGCCCUAAAUGUUGUACAGAUGUCAGGAUUAGGGUUUUUACCAUAUUACAAGUUAAUUAAACUAGUGAGCUCUUUUGAAAUGACCACACAACACGCGCACUUCUGCUAGGACCAAUUGUUCAGUAAAGUUGUUGUUUUUGUGUAAAUCUGAAGCACUUACUAGGAACAUAGAAAAACUAUGUAAACUAGGGAAUCUAGCAUUCUGGUCAAAAUCUUACAAAAUUUUUUUGUUGAAGCAUAAUAAUUAUAUUGAUUUAAGUAUGUUAUAUCUCACAUUUUUAUACAUUUCACUACAAGCUUAAAAUAAAGAAGAGGAAAAAAAACUUGCUCACGUUCUUUCAUAACUUACUUGAAUCUUAAAGAGACCAAGUCAGAAUUAAACUUAUAUGAUUAAAAACUAUUUUAAACACAAGAAAAUACCCAGAGAGCCUUGGGCUCUGCAUUGUUGUUUUUACUGUCCAUCUCUUCCCUUUAUAAAAUAAUGCCAUGGUUUAGGUAUCAGUUUGCAUUGAUCUUAUUUAUUUAACUAAUAAUACUGUUGAGAUUAGUCUUUUAUCUCAUUAUUGGAUAUUGUCCUUUUUAGAUUAAAAUGUUUUAUAUCUUCGUGAUUUUAGUAUUAUAUACCCUUGUAUUUUUGGUAUACAAAGAGUUAAACCAAUCUCUUUAGGUGUUUGAAGAUAGUUUAUAGUAUACUAUCCCUGACAAAUUUGCAAAGACUUUGACACAAAACACAUAGGUUGUAUUAAAGGGACAUUAAACACUAAAUAAAUCCUAGAAAGAUAGAUGCAUUUAAAGAAAAUAUUAGUCUGAGAAUAACAUGUAGAUGUAUUUAUUUUUAAUUUUUUUAGCUGUUUAAAUAUUGAUGAAAUAAGUGCAAAGAAGUUUUAGUGUCUAUAAAACAAUGGAAGCUGCCAUGUUGUAACUUAGGUUACCUUCUCUGCUGUGGCCAAUUAGAGACAGUUAUCAAUAGGUCACUAAAGUGUGCAGCCAAUGGCUGUGUGGAAUAUAAGUGUUCUACACUUCCAUUUCUAACAGGAACUGAAAAGCUCACCAUUUUAGAAUGGAAUUACAGGAAAGGGGAACAAAAUAAAUAAUGAAAGAAUAUUGCAGAGUUAUUUUCAUAUAUACAGUUUAUCAUUUUAUAUCAUGAUCUCAAAGUGUUUAAUGUCCCUUUAAGGUGUCUACUGGCCUUUUAUACUGUUAGCAUUUUAUACGGUUAUGAAUUAAUUAAAGCUACGUUUUACUGCAGUCCCCGAACCCCUCUGGAUAUUUUCUGGUGAGCUAUUAUCAGUACAGUUUGUGUAUUGUCUUAUUUAUUUUGGCGUACAAUCACUUUCAUUUAGCUGGUGGCUCUUUGUAAAUAAUCACCAUAAACACUUUUUUAAUAACAGCUUUAAAUGACACAGAAUAAACAAAUGAUAAUGUUGCAUAAGCAAA